AUGUUGAAAAAGGCCAAAAAAGUGAAACCAAAAGCGAAAAGGAACAUCGAGGAUGUGCCGUUCUAUAAAUUUGUUUAUCGCAGAGACGAACUGCCACUGGAUCCGGCCAGGAGCUUCAUAGAAGAACAAAUUUCAAAAAUCAACGUCAUAAAACCACCCUGCUUUAGCAGGGAUUACAGUCUGCACCGCUAUCCGAGAGGCGAUGGUCGAGGAUUUCGCGAUUUACUGCUUCCGGAGAAGCUUUCCUCUACGGAAAGUCCCGAAUACCCGCUGACCGGUUCCUCUUCAACGUCUCCGCUUCAAAAACAUCUACCGGAUAUGACCGAACAGCUCGUCAGACUGCACAAAGAUCUGCGGUUGAAAAUUUUCCACGAUCUAGCCCUUACCAAGCCGCUGCUGAUGGGUAACGAGUUCUUCCGGCGCUACGGCAGGCCUGGUCAAAAUGGCCGCCGCAAGCUAGCCGCCAUUCGGCGUCCGAAACGUCCGAAACGUUUUCACUUCGACGAGUUUGCCUACCGUACGCCGGAAGAGAACGACGAAGCCUUGCUGCGCAUCCAGCGCCACCUGGACCGGAUGAUCGCUAAAAGCAUUCGCGAGGCGGAAAAACGUCGCCAGCAGAAGGAGGAGCAAGCGCGAAAGGCGCAAGUUUGUACUUCGAAGACCAAAGGAAAUAAUGUGUAUUCAGUGAAGAUUAAACGGAAACGGUUGAGUAAUGAACAAUACAUCAAAAAACUAAAACUGGACGAGAGCCUCAAGCUCAAAUAUCUGCAAGCUCUGCUUCCGGAACAUCCGGACGAACAGAAGCGUAAAAUUCUGGACAAAUUCGAAAAAUCCUACGCAGCAGCUAUUGAAGGUUUCGAUGACAACAUGCGCCAACGAACACUGAACCUUCUGGACGAGUUAUCGGUGGAGAAAAUCGAACAUUAUCCCUCGCAUCUGAUUAAGAAAAUUCUUCCCCGCAUCGAUGACCGCAUAGCGUAUCUCAAUGCAGCGCACAAGUUCAUUCUGGAAGAGGAAAAACUUUGGCCCAACGUUCAUCCCGAGGUGAUGCUGCUGGAUUAUUUGUUCGAUCCCGAACACAACGUUCGUCGCGAUCAGGCUGUCUACUUGACUAUUCUGCUGAUGGAUUUGCAGGAAGACUACCGGUAUCACGUUAAACGAUCUUUUCUACGCCAUAUUCUGCGUUCUGAGGAGGAACGCAAUCGAUUGCAACUAAUUGUGGAACCACCUGAAUUUCCUAUAGCAACCUUGAUUGCACCGGUUCCUUGGAAAUGUUCAAUACAAGUUGCCAAAAAUCGCUUGGAGGAGGUACUGAUGAUCAACCACCCGGUUCUUCAAGCCAUUAACUUACUCUGGCACAAGCUGUACGGCAACCUGUUGGUUGUGGACACUGCUAAGUUCUACAAUACAGACAUUCCAAUGCAUGCGGACAAAAUCACGGAAACAAUCCACGAAAGUUGUCGAAUUACACGGGACAUAUUGGUAAAUGACUGGAUGCCUCGUGUUGCCGAUUUGGUUGAUGUUAUGCGUAAGUACUGGAAGGAUCUGGUACCACGGAACUCCAUACACGGUGGCCGAGGCACGAUAUUCUUCAACUGCAUCCACGCGCUGACUUCCUAUCAUCUACAAGGACUGAUCAAGAAAAGCUUGGAUCACCUUGUUGAUGCCUUGGAGGUGUAUCGCGGCGGUGAUGCCCCGGGGCAGAUGUCCAAGCUAAAGAGGAAACCUUUCAUGACGCUAACUGUAUCCGUUGUUGGAAAACCGGACACGGAAAUAGAUAAAAAUACCGAGAAGAGUGAUUUGUCACUGUACGAAGCCGACGACGAUGAUCCCAGUAUACUAUCAUCGGAAUCGUCCGAUAAUCCAUUAACAACGACCGCUGACGAGCGGAGAACUUCAUUCAUAAUGAAGAGUAGCGGUAAAAUUAUCAUUUAUCCCUAUAUGGAAGAACUUCCCGAUCUAUUCAAGAGCUAUUUCGUUAAGAUCCUUAAAGUGGGUUAUAAAAUUCCUCGGUUGGAAUACUAUUUGACACAGGAUAAGAAACUGUUGGGUUAUCUGCACUACAUUCGCGACGAUAACGCGGAUAUGGAGAAGCUGUACGAAAGAGUUAAGUGCAUAGUUUUGGCAAACCAAACUGGACCAACGACUUAUUUGUAUCCAAUGUACGAGUACUAUUUUCCCGUGUUGGCAAACAAAAUGAAGGUCAUAACCGAAAGUAUCUUCUCGCAACGUGAGCUACCGUCCCUGGAAAUCUUCAAAGAUCUUGUCGACAAGUUUACCGAACUACUGCACGGCAUAUACUUUCUUCGGGAUUUCAUUCCGUUGAACCUGUUUAUGCUAGAUAACAGUCGACUUAAUCGUGUUCUCGAGAACCUGGUUAAAGAACUGAAAGCCUUCGUAAUCAAUUACUUCAUUACGCUCAACCAGGUCGAAAACCGUCGCAUCUGCGACGAAUUCGAGGACAUGUCCCUGCACGCCGGCGAACGUCCGAAAGAAACUCCGGAAGUGGUCGCACUUCAAAAUUACCUAACGCAGUGCCGAGAGGAGCGAAUGUACCAGCUGAAGACCGAGAUCAAGCAAGUCGCGCAGCGUGUUCUCUUCCUCCUGACCUACGCCAUACUCGAUAGUAAUAUGCGAAAUUACGAAUUGGUUCGCGAGCGUUACACCCUGCUGAUGUUGGGUUUUAUAUUUCCAGCCGAAGAUAUCAAUCUGAACUCGCGUCUCUUUCUGUGGCCUCAGGAGCUGGAGAAAGUGCUUGAUCUUAGUGGUGCCCGUCUUUCGGUGGUACGUGACAAUCUGGAAACGGCACUUCGUGAGCGGCGAGUCCAAUUCGAAGCCUAUCUGAAUACGGAGAAGAAAAAAAUGGACCACUUCCGGACGCGCGAGAUUCGCGAAAUGCUCUCGCUGGAUGAUUUGCGGGAGAAAGUCGCUACCGUAGAUGGUUUGAUGUUGAUCCUGGAGAAAUGUAGCAAGGAGGCGAGAGAAAUCAACUCGGAUGAAAAUUUGCUGCAGAUAGAUCAGUCGUUCUUCCCUGCGUUAACCGAAAUGAUCGAUAGAAUGGCGCCAAUCGAAAAGCUGUGGCACACGGCAUACAAAUUCGAUUCGUGCCAUGAAGUAUGGUACUUCGGGCCGUUCAAGGAACUGGACGCUACUGUCAUUACGAGCGCGGUUGAGGACAUGUUCCAUUCAAUCACUGUCCUACUUAAGGAACUCACAGGCAGCCCUCAGGCGAAACGUGUGGCUGAACAGAUUCGUAUGAAGAUCGACAAGUUCAAGAUCUACUUGCCGGUUAUGGAAGCAAUCUGCAGACAAGGCCUCGGUGAGCGUCACUGGGCGCAGAUAUCGGAAGAGCUUGGCCAGGAAGUGAAUCCAGAGGUGCAGAACCCACUUGGACUUAUGGUCGAUAUCGAUAUCAUGAAGAUCCAAAAUCGACUGGAGGAAAUUUCCAACGCAGCGGGAAAAGAGUACGAGCUUAACAUACAGCUGGUGAACAUGCAAGAGGAGUGGGUUGAUGUGAAGUUUGUGUGCGUCCAGUAUCGUGAUUCGGACAUAUCCAUUCUGUCGUCGGUGGAUGAUAUCCAAACACUGCUGGACGAUCACAUCCUGAAAGCUCAAGCCAUGCGCGGUUCACCAUACAUCGCUGCACUCGGAAGCAAAGCAACGAACUGGGAGGACAAACUCAUUUCUAUGCAGGAUAUAAUCGAUACGUGGCUGCAGGUUCAAGCAACCUGGAUGUACCUGGAGCCGAUCUUCAGCUCGGAAGAUAUUAUGCGACAAAUGCCUACCGAGGGCCGUCAUUUCAAAUCAGUUGACAAAUUGUUUCGCAAAGUUAUGCGUCACACGAUCGCUGAUCCACACGUUAUCCAAGCCACCGACUAUCCGGAUUUGUUGAAUGUGCUCAGAACGGCCUUCAAGGACUUGGAAGACAUUCAACGGGGGCUGAAUCUGUAUCUGGAGAAGAAACGUCUGUUCUUCGCCCGGUUCUUCUUCCUGUCCAACGAUGAACUGCUGGAGAUUCUGUCCGAAACGAAGGAUCCGAUGCGAGUGCAGCCGCACCUGAAGAAGUGCUUCGAGGGUAUCUAUUCGCUGCAGUUCGAUCAGCAGAUGGAGAUCACCGCGUUCACCUCCUCCGAGGACGAGCAGAUUCCGUGCACUAGAAAAAUCAAUCCGGCGCUGGCAAAUGGCUUAGUUGAGAGAUGGCUCAAAGAAGUCGAGGUUGUUAUGUUGGAGAGCGUGAAGGAGCAAAUUUGGCAAUCAUAUGACUCAUACUUCAAGGAUCCACGCAAGAUGUGGGUUUUGAACUGGCCUGGCCAGGUCGUUCAGGUGGUUUCCUGUCUGAAAUGGACCGAAGAAGCGGAGGAAGCUAUCAAAGAGAACAGAUUGACAGAAUACUCACAACGGUGUACGUCCCAAAUUGGUGACCUAGUGGAUCUUGUAAGAGGCAACCUAUCGGCAGGGGCAACCAUUACAAUUGAAGCGUUAAUAGUCGUGGAUGUACAUGCUCGCGAUAUAAUUGAUUUGUUGAUUGGGAAAAAUAUAACCGAUACCGGGGACUUCAAUUGGUUCUCUCAACUGAGAUACUACUGGAGAAUAGACGACGAUGACAAGCAAAGCUACGUAGCGUGCAGCAUGGUUAAUACAGAUCUUAAGUACGGUAUGGAAUAUCUGGGAAAUACGGGUCGGUUGGUUACGACACCGCUGACUGAUCGCUGUUUCCGGACCUUAAUGGGUGCAUUCAAGCUCAACCUCGGAGGAGCACCUGAAGGCCCAGCCGGUACGGGUAAAACCGAGACGUGCAAAGAUCUGGCCAAGGCUGUAGCGAAGAAGUGCGUCGUGUUCAACUGUUCCGAUGGGUUGGACUAUAAAGCACUGGGCAAAUUCUUCAAAGGUUUGGCACAAUCUGGCUCAUGGGCGUGCUUUGACGAGUUCAAUCGCAUUGAACUGGAAGUACUUUCCGUCGUGGCUCAGCAAAUUCUGACGAUCCAACGCGCCAUUGCUGGAAAGGUGGUUAAAUUUGUCUUCGAAGAGACUUCCCUUAAACUGGAUCCUACGUGUAACAUUUUCAUAACCAUGAAUCCCGGCUAUGCCGGUCGAACGGAGCUACCGGAUAAUCUGAAGGUGCUGUUCAGAACUGUAGCCAUGAUGGUCCCAGACUAUGCCAUGAUUGGAGAAAUAACGCUUUAUUCCAACGGCUUCGAUGAAGCCCGCAUUCUGGCGCAGAAGAUUGUCCAUACCUAUAAGCUGUGCUCGGAGCAGCUAUCGUCGCAAUCACAUUACGACUACGGAAUGAGAGCCGUCAAGUCGGUGUUAACGGCCGCUGGAGCACUGCGCCGUUCGCAACCUCAGCUCUCCGAGGCUCAGAUCGUUCUUCGAGCGAUUAUUGAUGUUAAUCUUCCCAAAUUUCUACAGCAGGAUAUUCCACUGUUUGAAGGUAUUUAUAAGGAUCUGUUUCCCGGAGUGGAUCUACCACCGCCGGCUCGUGAAGACAUCGUCCGUUUACUGCUGAUCGAACUGGUGAAGCGUAAGCUUCAACCGACACCAUGGUUUAUUGAGAAGGUCAUGCAGAUCUAUGAAAUGCUUCUGGUUCGUCAUGGGCUUAUGAUCGUGGGUGAUUCCAUGGGAGGAAAGACAACGGCCUAUCAAAUGCUAGCAGAAUCUCUGCGGGAACUGCGCAAGGAAAAGGGACCCACCUGCGAGGAACAGGGAGUUAGCUUCAGGAUCAUAAAUCCGAAGGCCAUCUCAAUGGGACAGCUGUACGGUAGUUUUGAUCCGGCAUCACAUGAAUGGUCCGACGGAGUGUUGGCCAACACCUUCCGCGAGAUGGUUUACACCCACAGCAUGGAACGGCAGUGGAUCAUUUUCGAUGGUCCAGUGGAUGCCGUGUGGAUUGAGAAUUUGAACACCGUACUGGAUGACAACCGGAAGCUGUGUUUGAUGUCCGGUGAAAUCAUUCAGAUGACAAAGUUUAUGAACUUGAUGUUCGAACCGGCAGAUCUCGAUCAAGCAUCUCCGGCAACGGUGUCACGUUGCGGAAUGAUCUACAUGGAACCGUCCCAGCUGGGAUGGAUGGCACUACACAAAUCCUACCUACUAUAUCUUGAGGAGAAAGGAGUCAACGAAAUCAACAUCGGAUUAUUCGAGCAACUGGCGGAAUGGCUCAUUCCACCGGCAUUGAACUGGUUAAAAACAGUGGACACUGUUCUGAAUAUGUCCGAGAUGCAUCAUUAUUCUAUGCUUUCUCAUUUCUUCUCGAUAUUUAUAUCACGAACAUCAGCCUACAACCAGGUUUGGUUUCAGCAGAUUUUCCUCUUCUGCUAUGCCUGGGCGUACUUUUCAAUCGUAACCGUUGAAGGUCGUAAAACAAUCGAUCCACUGCUGCGAAAAAUUUUAUAUGGAGCCAACGAAGAUCAUCCAAAACCGAAGCAUUUCUCCCUCAACCGAGGACAAAUGUAUCCGGAGAAGAUGAACUUCCUCGACUACCGUUUCGACGAGCAGGAAACAUGGUGGCCCUGGUUGAAAUCGGAGGAACUGGUACUUCCCGAUAGCUGUGCGGUUUCCGAACUGAUGAUACCGACUAAGGAAACCGGUUAUAUUCUCUACUGGACCGAAAUGUGUCUUUCUGCCGGUAUUCCAAUCCUUUUGGUUGGUCCAACGGGAACUGGCAAGAGUGCCACCAUUGCCAGCCACAUUCGAGAUCUGCCGAAGACGAAGUUCAUAUCCAACAUCAUCAACUGUUCGGCACGCAGCACAGCCCAACAAAUGCAAGACACCAUCAUGUCCAAAUUGGACCGUCGAAGAAAGGGAGUAUUUGGGCCCCCCGUUGGCAAGCAGUGUGUAAACUUUAUCGACGACGUAGCGAUGCCCGCCAAAGACGAAUACGGAUCCCAACCACCGCUGGAGCUGAUAAGGCAAUGGUUGGACCAUAAACUUUGGUCCGAUUUACGGGACACCUCCAAGAUAGAGCUGAUCGAUCUGCUGUUUGUCGGCGCAAUGGGCCUUCUCGGGGGCAGCAACUACAUACCCAAGCGCUUGUAUCGACACACAUUCAUUGUAUCUGUGGACUCGUUCGAGGACUCAACUUUACUGCGAAUUUUUAGCUCCAUCGGAGAGUGGCACUUCUGGAAGGGUUACCCAGAUACGGUGUCCCGUUUGUGCAAAAAUCUCAGCCAAGCGGUCAUUGCAGUAUAUCGCGGAGCGAUAGCGAACUUUUUACCAACUCCCGCCAAGUCACACUACUUGUUUUCGCUGAGAGAUGUCACCAGAAUAUAUCAGGGUAUCGUAUUGGUGCCGGCCAAGCGACUUCCGGAUCCCGAGAAGCUAGUUCGUUUAUGGGCUCACGAAACGUACCGCGUAUUCUACGAUCGGUUGAUUGAUGAAACAGACAAGCAGACUCUAUUGCGUUUGGUCGACGAUGCGGCAAAUACUCAGCUGCGUAUGAAGCUGGAAAUCGCUUUCGGCGAUCGCCUGGAGAGUGGCCAACGAGUUAACGACAAACACAUGCGUGAUCUUCUGUUUGGCAACUACAUGGAACCGGAUGCGGUUAAACGAGUUUACGAUGAGGUGGACAAUUGGGCGAAACUGGAGAAAAACAUGAAUUUUUACUUAAGCGAGUACAAUGCCCACUCGAAAUCACCAAUGAACUUGGUGCUGUUUAGAUUUGCAAUUGAACAUAUUUCACGAAUCUCGAGAGUUCUGCAGAUGCCACGUGGACAUUUACUGCUCGUGGGACUUGGUGGUGCAGGAAGACGCAGUUCGGUCAAACUCGCCGCAAACAUGGCCGAUGCAGUCGUCUUUCAGGUGGAAGUCACAAGAAGUUACUCGAUGAACGAGUGGCGGGAAGACAUGAAAAAGCUUCUCAUGAAUGCCGGGAAUGAAGGAAAGCCGACCGUCUUUCUAUUCAACGACUCACAAGCCAAGGAGGAAGCUUUUGUUGAAGACAUCAAUUCGUUGUUGAAUACAGCGGAUAUUCCGAAUCUGUUUCAAUCAGAUGAAAAGGCCGUCAUUCUGGAGCAGAUGCAGUUGAUAGCUAGGCAAACCAACAAACCUAUCGAUUCAACUGCUUUGUCGCUUUACAACUUCUUCGUAGAAAGAGUGCGAGAAAACUUGCACAUAGCCCUGGCUUUUUCCCCGAUUGGAGAUUCAUUCAAAAAACGAGUUCGAAUCUAUCCAUCAUUGAUAAAUUGUUGUACGAUUGAUUGGUUUACUGGUUGGCCCGAUGACGCCCUGCAGAAAGUGGCCGAGAACUUCAUCCGCUCAAUGGAACUAGAUCAGGAAGCUCCGUCGGCUGAACCUUCUGCAACAUCUAUUCAACAGACCGAAGAAGACCAGGAAAAACAGAAAACAAGAAAGCUUAAUCGACUCGAGAGGAAACUGGUCGAACUAGUCAUGGUAUUCAACCGUGGAGUGGUGGAGAGUUCCGAACGCUUUUUCCUAGAACAAGGCAGAAGAAACUACGUUACUCCAACGUCCUACUUGGAAAUGCUACGGUCCUUCAAUACCCUUUAUCGUAACAAGUAUUCUGAAAUCAUUUCCCAACGUGACCGGUACACUGUAGGGUUGGAAAAGUUAGAAUUUGCCGCCGGACAGGUGUCGGUCAUGCAGAAUCAGUUGAAGGAGCUCCAACCGCAGCUUAAGAACACCUCGGAUGAAACGGAAAAAAUCAUGGUCAACAUUGAGCGCGAAACCGCCGACGCCGAGAAGAAGAAGGAAAUCGUCGGAGCGGAUGAAACGGCUGCGAACGAGGCAGCCGCAUCGGCUCAGGCUAUCAAGGACGACUGCGAAAGCGAUCUGCAGGAAGCGGUUCCAGCACUGGAGGCAGCACUCAUGGCGCUGGAUACGCUCAAACCGGCCGACAUAACCGUCGUCAAAUCGAUGAAGAAUCCACCGUCCGGGGUGAAGCUGGUGCUGGAAGCGGUUUGUGUGAUCAAGGGUAUCAAACCCGAUCGCAAGACAGAUCCAUCUGGUAAAGUAUUGGAAGACUACUGGGGACCAUCCCAGAAAAUGCUGGGAGAUUUGAAGUUCUUGGAUAGUCUCAAAACAUUUGACAAAGAUAACAUUCCGAUUCCGGUUAUGAAGAAAAUUCGCGAUGUCUACAUAGCCGACCGCGAGUUCGUACCGGAGAAGAUCAAGAACAUCUCGAUGGCCUGUGAGGGUCUCUGCCGAUGGGUACGCGCAAUGGAGAUCUACGAUCGGGUGGCGAAGAUUGUCGCCCCGAAAAAGGUUGCCCUGGCGGGGGCCGAGGCGGAACUCGCGAUGCAGAUGGAGAAGCUCAACGCCAAACGGGCCGAGCUGCAGGAAAUCUUGGACAAACUGCAGAAACUGAAUGAUUUCUUCGCCGAAAAAUCCCGAGAGAAAAAGCGAUUGGAAGAUGAGAUCGACAGCUGCGAGAAGAAACUGGUUCGCGCUGAACAACUUAUCGGUGGCUUGGGAGGCGAGAAGAAACGCUGGUCAGAGUGUGCGCAAAACCUGCACCAAUCACUGGAGAACGUAAUCGGUGACGUUCUGCUGGCGGCCGGGUGCAUCGCCUAUUUGGGAUGUUUUUCGACAGAGUUUAGAAGCAGAAUCAUAAGCGACUGGAACCGUAUAACCUUGCAAAAAGAAAUUCCGUGCUCGGAAAAAUUCUCCUUAAUCACGACUUUGGGAAAUGCUUUGGAAAUUAGAAAUUGGUCCAACUGGGGCCUACCGACAGAUGAUUUUUCCGUUGAAAACGGUAUAAUAGUAAGACAAGCUCGCCGUUGGCCGCUCAUGAUUGAUCCAGAGGGGCAAGCCAACAAGUGGGUGAAGAAUAUGGAAAAGCAAAAUAAUCUCAAAAUCAUACAACAGCUGGAUCCAAAUUAUAUGAGAGUGGUUGAAAAUGCCCUAAUCAAUGGAUAUCCCGUCUUACUGCAAAAUAUUGGAGAAACAAUUGACUCUGGACUAAAUCCCAUCCUAGAGAAAAACAUCCUUCGCCAGCGAGGCGCAAACAUGAUCAAAUUCGGGGAAGGCUUAGUGGAGUACAACGAUAACUUCCGCUUUUACAUUACAACCAGUCUCAGAAACCCGCACUAUCUACCGGAGACAGCCGUAAUGGUGACGCUGAUGAACUUUAUGAUCACGGAGCAAGGUUUGCGCUCGCAGCUUCUAGGCACUGUCAUCAUCCAAGAACGUCCCGAUCUCCAGGAAAAGAAAGAGUCCCUCAUCAUCGAAUCCGCUCAGAAUCAGGAAGCUCUGUACAAUGCUGAAGCGAAGAUCUUGCAGGUCCUUUCCUCGGCCGAAGGGAACAUCCUGGAUGACGAGAAUGCGAUCAACAUACUUACCUCCAGCAAACAACUUUCUGAGGAGAUCCAAGCGAAACAGCUCGUUGCGGUCGCUACCGAAGCGGAAAUCGAUGCUGCCAGGCAACUCUACAUUCCGGUGGCACGCCACUCAGCGGUUCUUUUCUUCUGCACCACCGAAUUGGCCAACAUCGAUCCGAUGUAUCAGUUCAACCUUACCUGGUUUUUGAACAUUUUUGUCCAAACGAUUCUCAAAACGCCCAAAUCGGACAACUUGGACGAACGUUUACAGCUAUUGAUGGAUUAUUUCACCAAAGCUAUCUAUACGAACGUUUGUCGAUCACUGUUCGAGAGGGAUAAGCUCAUGUUUUCCUUCGUUCUUUGCUCGGGAAUACUACGCGGAGAGGGCAAAAUAGACGAUCAGGAGUUAUCGUUUCUGCUUACUGGAGGACUUGCCCUUGAUAAUCCUUAUCCUAACCCAGCCUCGGAAUGGCUCCCGGACAAAGCAUGGACCGAUCUUGUUCGCGCAAGCUCGCUAGACUAUUUAUCACAAUUGCGCGUCAUAUUGCAGGAAAAUUUGGACGAAUGGAAAGAUUACUACAAUUCGAGUACGCCGGAGGAGAGCCCGCUUCCGGCACCGUAUCACGAUUGCGAUGGUCUGGCGAAAAUCAUCAUACUGAAGUGCUUGCGCCCGGAUAAGGUCGUUCCAGCAAUGCAGAAGUUCAUCAUUCAGAAGAUUGGCCAUUCCUACAUCGAACCUCCCCAGUUCAACCUGCGCACGUCUUACGAGGACAGCUCGCCUAGAAUUCCGCUCAUAUUCAUGUUAUCCCCAGGAUCUGACCCAAUGGACAGUUUGUUGGCAUUUGCAAACGAAAAAUAUAUGGGAGACGACAGCCGGAUCAUUUCGCUCGGUCAAGGGCAAGGUCCGAAAGCUACCAAGACUAUAAUGGAUGCCAUCAAGCUUGGCCAAUGGGUAAUUCUGCAGAACUGUCAUGUCGCAGAAUCCUACAUGGAUGAACUAGAGAAGUUGGUAAUGGACGCCAGUUUGUACGAUAACGUACAUCCUAAAUACCGGUUGUGGUGUACUUCCUAUCCUUCCAAAAAAUUUCCGGUAUCUAUUCUGCAAAAUAGUGUCAAAAUGACCAAUGAAGCACCAAAAGGGUUAAAAUUAAACAUGAUCAGGGCCUAUACCUCGGAACCACUUCACAACGAAUCCUUUUUGGAUGAGGCAUUCCAUGGAAAUGCGGUUACUACGCGGGUGUGGAUAAGAGGAGUGUUUUCCCUAGUGUUCUUCCAUGCCGUUGUGCAAGAACGCUGUAAGUUUGGUCCGCUCGGCUGGAACAUACCGUACGAGUUCAACGAAUCUGAUCUUAAGAUUUCACUGAUGCAGCUGAAGCAAUUCCUGCAUCAGUACUCGUAUAUACCGUUCGAAGGGCACACCUAUCUGACGGGCGAGUGCAACUACGGUGGACGCGUAACAGACGACAAAGACCGUCGCCUACUGAUGGCCCUGUUGAACCGAAUCUACAAUCCGGAAACCGUUGAGCAGGACGAAUAUCAGCUCUCCGAGUCCGGCACCUACCGGGUACCGGUUAAUCCCAUCAAGGUCGAAACCUUGGAGUACCUAUCGACAUUGCCACUGACCGCCCAUCCGGAGGUGUUUGGUCUUCACGAGAAUGCAGAUAUUACCAGAAAUAUAGAUGAAACCGUUUCGCUUCUCGACAGAGUCUUACUAACGCAAAUGCAACUUUUUGCUGGAAAGUCAUCUAGCGGCAAAGAUGAGCAGAAGAUCGACCCAGUUCUACAAAUUUGUUUGGAAAUUCUCAAAAAGAUCCCGGAACCGUUCGACGUAGAAGGCACUGCCGAAAAGUAUCCUAUUCAAUACAUGAACUCGAUGAACACAGUUUUGCGUCAGGAGCUAACCCGAUUCAAUCGUCUGAUCGUCUACAUCAAGGCUAGCCUGGUGGACGUCCAGAGAGCCGUUCAAGGACAAAUCAGUAUGAUUCCUGAGCUGGAACGGGUGUAUCGCUCCAUGAAGAUAGGCAAGGUUCCGCAGGCAUGGCUGGCCAAGAGUUAUCCUUCGCUUAAACCACUCGGUAGCUACGUCAAUGAUUUCGUGUCACGAUUAGCGUUUUUCCAACGCUGGAUCGAUGACGGCGAACCGAAGGUUUACUGGAUGAGUGGAUUCUACUUUACUCAAUCUUUCCUUACCGGAGUCAUGCAGAACCAUUCACGAAAGAAUAAACUGCGUAUUGACGAUCUGGUAAUGUCUUUCGAGGUAACGGAAUACGAACAGGAAGAUCGAGUGCAGAAGCGUGCCGAAAUCGGAACAUUCGUUAGGAAUCGUCGCGGUAAAAAUGAGGAUUUUGUAACCUUUGAUGGUCUAUAUCUGGAGGGUGCCCGCUGGAACCGCGAAUUGAAACAUUUGGAUGAAUCACUGCCGCGGGUGCUGUACGAUACGUUGCCUAUAAUUUCGAUGACCCCUACGCCGAAGGAGCGCAAACCCGUUGCCGAGUGGAACCGCUACGAGUGCCCUAUCUACAAGACCAGCGAACGACGGGGUGUCCUAUCGACAACGGGUCAUUCGACGAACUUCGUAAUGUUCCUGGACAUGGACAGCCGGCGACCGCCGGAACAUUGGAUACUUCGCGGGACCGCCUGUCUUUGUCAAUUAGACGACUAA